AUGGCUCCUCCCACUAUUGCUACUACUGAGCCUGUCGCCGACCUCCCCGCCGACGCUGUUCAGGCCGGUAAAAAGAACAAGAAGCACAAGAAGGAUAGGAAGGAUAAAAAAGACAAAAAGUCGAAAGACGCCGUCACUAGCGACGAUGAUGCCGACGCCGUAGCCGACGAGCUCGACGACUCACCCGAAUCUAAGGCCGCCAGGAAGGAACGCAAGCGCCAGAAGAAGGAGCGCAAGGAACGCGAACGGCUCGAACGCGAGCAAGCCGAGAAGGACGCCGCUACCGUUGCCGCCGCCUCAGCUGCUCAGGCCGUCAACGCCGUCGCGUCGGCUACGCGUCUUCCUAUCGACCCUUGCCUUGAUUCCUUCUCCGCCGUCGCUCCUGCUGUUCAGCAGCCUCCUGCCAGUCUCGGAGCUGCCGAGGCCACCGCUAUCGAUGCCUCUGCUGCCACUCAGGCCGUCACUCAGCCCACCACCAACCAUGUCGCAGCCCUUGCUCAACCCCUCUCCGCCGCCGCUGCUGCUGGCACCUCUACUGGAGGUGAAAUCAACCCCGCCACUGGUGAACAGAAACGCAAGCGCGGUCGCCCCAAGAAGGACCCCAACGCUCCCUCGGUCAAGAAGGUCAAGAAAGACCCAAGCGAGGGCGGCCAACGUCGUGGCCGACGCGCCAAGAUGUCCGAGGAGGCUGCCCUCGAAGAGCUCAGAGGUCUGCCCCCACGCGAGCUCCUUGUCGAGCGCGUCUACUCUUCCGACAUGCUUGCCAAGCUCGAGCGCACCAUUGGUCUCAAGUACCAGAAGGGUCGCUUCUCCAAGCAGGAGCAGGACACGAUCAAGAACGGUAUUGCCGAAUUCAUGAAGCUCAAAGGUCUCUCCGAGGAAGACUUCCAGGAGCUCCUCUACAACUACCGCGAAAAGGGUUGGGAGAAGAUGUACACCGAGCUCUGGAAGGAUCUCGCUGGUCGUCUUGACGGUCGUCCCAACAUUGCUGUUCGCUUGCAUGUCAGGACCAACAAGUCGCAGUUCCGCAGGCAAGGUCGUUACACCUUGGCUGAGGAUUACGAGAUCAAGCAACGCAUGGGUGUGCUUCGCGAAGAUGCCGCCUCGGUUGCUAAGCGUUUGGGUCGUCUCAACCAGGAUGUACUUUCGCGUUUCGUCAAAUUGCAGGUCAAGCACGAGAUGGCCGACGGUCCCCCUUGGAAUGCUGAGGAGGACAAGGCUGUCCUUGCUGCCCUCGACAAGUUCAAACAGGAGCAUCCUGGAGAGGUCAUCUCUUGGAAGGCGAUUGCAAACAUGAUGGGCAACAAGCGAAGUUACAAGGUCUACUCGAACCUUUUCUCCAACAUUCGUUCCCGUGUUGAUCGAACCGGUCCCGGUCCUCGUAAGGAUUACGGCACUAUGGGUGAUGACAGCAGCCUCGACCCAUCUCAGCAGGCUGUUCGAGGUAUCAACCGUCACCCGACUCGCGCUGACCUCGAUAACAGUGUUUGGAUUCCCGGCGAGGAUGAUCUGAUCCUCUUGCAGCGAUUGAACUUCCAAGACGCUUUAGCCCAUAACUCAGUCCAAUGGGAUCAACUUUCCUUCGAAUCCUGGCAAUGGCCAGAGGAGACGCUCAAACAGCAGUUUCAACAGAUCAAGUCGAGGUACUUGCCUGAACCUUGGAUUGGUGGAUGGCAGGAGACGCUGGACAAGAUUAUUAGGACGAUUAGGACCCGUCGUACUAAAAAGGAGAUUGAUGAUGAGGGUGAGGACAAGAAGGAUGGUGCUGAUGUGGAUCAAGAGGCUGAGGCUGCCUUUGACACCGAGGCUGAUUCGAGUGCUUCUGCUGUCAUCGACCCGGCUCUUUCGGGUAGUGCUGAUGCACCUGUUGCCGAGCCUGCCGCUGCUUCUACCUAA